UGUGGCUCGUGGGUUGGGGUUUGGGUGCUGCCACCUAGCACGCUUGGGUGUCAUUGCCCUGUCCUCCCAACCCUUGUAUGGACUGAGCAGGAGGGGAUGUGCAUAAGGAAACAGGUCCUUUGCCCUAGAAAUGCAGCUUUUCCUGGGGAUUUCCUGGCUGAUGCAAGACAGGGCAUGAGAAAAACAUCGGCUUUGAGCCUAAGGCGCUACUGGAAAGAGAUUGUCCCCAUCUAAGAAGGGACCUUGCUUUAAAAUUGGGUUUGGCCCUUUGCUGGGUCUCUUUGGGUCCAUCAGGUUGUCAGCUUUUGGGUAGAAUGGGGAGUGCAGGCAGAGGUGGAAGGAUGCUGGUGGUCUCACAUGGCAGGGAGAAGGUGUGGGGCUCCAGGAAGCAGCCGGAGCGGACACGCAGGCAUCGCCUGCCCCAGCACGGGCUUGCCAGGAGCCUCAGGGCUGCAUCCAGCACCCAUCCUGACUGCGCCAGCACCCAGCGAGGAGCUGGUGGCACCACCAUGUCCCAGGCAGAAGGAGGCGAGGAGACCUUUGAAUACCGUGAUGUGGUUGUCAGCAGCCAGGAAAAGUUUUCAGACGUGUACAUGCAGUUGGAGAAGCUGGGAGAGGGAAAAUUUGGGACAGUGUACCAGCUGCAGGAAAAAGCCACUGGCAAAAUCCGGGCUGGGAAAUAUUUCCGGACGCGGACGGCUAAAGAGAAGCAGGCGGCUCGGGACGAGGUGGAGCUCAUGAACCUGCUGCAUCACCCACGCCUCGUACAGUGCCUCGCUGCCUUCCAGGGCCCUGCCGAGCUGGUGAUGGUGAUGGAGUACGUGGCAGGCGGGGAGCUCUUUGAGCGCAUUGUGGAUGAUGACUUCGAGCACACAGAGCCCAGCAGUGCUCAGUAUGUGCAGCAGAUCCUGGAGGGGCUGCAGUUCAUGCACAGCCAGGCCGUCGUCCACCUCGACCUCAAACCUGAGAACAUUGUCUGCGUCAGCCCCAGCAGCCACUGGCUCAAGAUCAUCGACUUUGGCUUGGCGCGGAAGCUGGCUCCAGACAGCCCCGUGAAGGUGUUGCAUGGCACCCCUGAGUUCAUGGCUCCAGAAGUGGUCGCCUUUGAGCCUGUGGGCUUCACCACAGACAUGUGGAGCGUUGGUGUCAUCUGCUACAUCCUGCUGAGCGGGGAGUCCCCCUUCCAGGGGGACAAUGACAUGGAGACACUGAGCAACAUCACAGCUGCCCAGUGGGAAUUCGAGGAGGAGACCUUCUCUGAGAUCUCCCAGCAAGCCAAGGACUUCAUCAGCGAACUGCUGCAGAAGGACCCCCGCCACCGGCUCUCCAGCACAGGGGCUCUGCUGCACCCCUGGCUGCAGCAGCCCCAGCCAAGCAGCACCAAGGCACUGUCAAAGGAGAGGAUCAAGCAGUUCCUGACACGUCGGAAGUGGCAGAAAACAGGCAAAGCUCUGCUGGCCCUCAACAGGUUGACCCUGCUGUCCCAGAGCCCGGAGAGGAAAGCGUCAGAGGCUCAGGACGAGGAAGACCUGGGCUGUAGCCCGGAGGAGGACCAAGCCUCCAGGUCUCUGCCCCGACGAGGUCCCAGCUUCUCAGAGCUCCUGAUCGACCAAGAGGAGGAGGAAGGUGGGAGCACUGCAUCACAGGGGAGGCAGAGAGAAGCGUCAGCGUGGCCAUGCCACCCCAGCCCUGGAGCACCUAGAGCAGCUGGUGAGAGAGGAACAGGGAGUGAUGGGGACGAAACCUCCUCCAGCAGCUGACACAAUGACCUGGGCAGCCUGGGGUAGGCCCAGAUCACAGGGCUCCUCUCCCAUGGGUGAACUCUGGGGUCCCACGGUGUCCCUGUACUGGGGUGGGGACAGCCAUGCCUGCUGUCCCUAGCAAGGAAACAAUGCUCCUGUCUGCAUGGCUGCCCGGGCUUGAGCUGUCACCAAUAAAGCACCAAGGAUCUCUGCACUCCCUGUGCUGCU